CUUCAAAAAACGUACUUUUUUUUAUCCAGCGGCCGCGACUGGGGUUUUGCCGGUCAUGUGGUGACAUUUCUCAGUCGUCGCUGUCACCCGCUGGUCACAUUGCAAUUUGGAUGUCAUGUCCAAAGCAUGGGAGUUUAAUUGCCCAAAAUAUUAUGAUUUUGAACUUGGAGAUGAAGGCAACGCCCCUCCGACGGAAGAAUACUUCGAGAGUCACAAGGAUUCACCGAAUUCGCCAUUGCGGCGGCGGCAAGCACUACAAACCGUGAAUACUACGCAUUUGAAGUCUGUGAAGUCAACAACCACAUUCGAGAACGGCCAUAGGAAAGUGCCUGCGCCUACAACUAAAUGUGUAGAGAAAGCAGAGUGCAAGAGCAAACGUAGCAAGCCUGCAACAUCGGUUCAUAAUGUUUGCAACAGGACAGUACCAAGCAAAGCUAAACCUACAAUGGCGGAAUUCAUCCACAACUACUUCUUCAAAACCCCCGCUCGCCUUCGCUCAAAAAUGACUGCCACAACCAAACCAAGGCAUCCCAUGAAGACCACAGUACCAAUCUCACCGAAGCUGAGGACUAUGUUGCGAGCAAAGCAGCGAGCAGCUGCCAAGAAGACUCAAGUUUAAUUUUGUGACUGCCAUGCCUUUAGAAAUUAAAUUUUGGUCAACAAU